GGCAUCACACAUUGGUACAGAGGACUUAUUCUGGUGUGGUCUUGCAGCGUUCAAAGGUUUUUACUCUGAAGAAUGGACGAUUUCAUCAUGAAAGUGGUGACGAUCAUCAUCAUGUGUAUCGGCCUUCCUUUGACCCUUGUGGCCAUCUAUGCUGUUCGUUCUCUGGUGAAAGAUGAUCAUGUUGUUCCGAUCUACGUCAUCAACCUUCUCAUUACCGACCUCAUUCAGCUCUGCUGCUUGAUCGCUUGGGUGCUACCUGAGAACUGGAUACUCAGUGGUGGAUUUAUUUCUCUGACUGAAUUGAUUUUAUUUUUCAUCUACAACUAUUGUCUGGUGGCCAGUAUUGGUUUCAUGGUGUGCAUCGCCCUGGAAAGGUAUUUGGUCAUCGCCUGCCCACUGUGGUACCGCUUCAGACGAACCAUCACUGGAGGGAACUCAGCAACCAUCAUUGGCAUCCUCCUCCUCCUUCCUCUCCCACUGCUCAUAUUCUUCCUUGGUGGGACCCUCAAAGCCCUGUCUGCUUCCAUCUCUGUCCACUCUGACGAAAAACGAAGAAUUGUAGGAAUGUUGGUCCUGGUGCUGCUUAUUUACACACUGUUGUUCCUGCCCACCAUUAUUUUGUUCCUGGCACAGGAAAGCAGUGAUAUUGAUGAACGUAAGCUAAGCAACCUGUCUUUCACAUUUGUGCAGUUUAGUCCUCUGGCAGACUUAUUUCUGUAUAUUUUCAUGAGGAAAGGGACCAUUGACAAGCUGUUGGCUUCUGUGUGUUGUUGCAGAAUGGACAGUGAUGAUAUCAGCAGUCCAGUGUGAAUGAUGACAAAAUGUCCACAGUCAGCUUCAUGUAGGCAGAGAAAGAGAGACAGAGAUCCAGGGCUAUUCAUAAAACAUUCAGGGCUGAGGCCUCAGACAGCCAGGCUUAAAGACUCCACUGGUUAUAGCUAAUGUG